AGCAGGGUAUAAAGCCUCCAAGUGCUCAGCCCGCACAGUUUACACUAGUCCAGGCUUUAGCAUUACAGAACUCUCCGAAACACUUCAGGGUCGUCCUGGCAACCAGCUGCUCAGCCAAUCAGCGCUCGGUAUUACAAUCCGCUCUCAACAUCUGGAGCCAUGGGAAGAAAAGCCCUGAUUGUAUUGGCCCAUUCAGAGAGGACAUCAUUCAACUAUGCCAUGAAGGAGGCUGCUGUGGAGGCUCUGAAGAAGAAAGGAUGGGAGGUGGUUGAAUCUGACCUCUACACUAUGAACUUUAACCCCAUCAUUUCCAGAAACGACAUCACAGGUGAGCUAAAGGACCCCGAGAACUUUCAGUAUCCUGCUGAGUCAUCUCUAGCAUAUAAGGAAGGCCGCCUGAGCCCAGAUAUUGUGGCCGAACAGAAAAAGCUGGAAGCUGCAGACCUUGUGAUAUUUCAGUUCCCACUGCACUGGUUUGGAGUGCCCGCCAUCCUGAAAGGGUGGUUUGACAGAGUGCUGGUAGCAGGAUUUGCCUACACAUAUGCCACCAUGUAUGACAAGGGACCUUUCAAGAAUAAGAAGACCUUGCUUUCCAUCACCACUGGGGGCAGUGGCUCCAUGUACUCUCUUCAGGGUGUCCACGGGGACAUGAAUGUCAUUCUCUGGCCAAUUCAGAGUGGCAUUCUGCAUUUCUGUGGCUUCCAGGUCCUAGAACCUCAGCUGGCAUACAGCGUUGGCCACACUUCACCAGAUGCCCGAACGCAGAUCCUAGAAGGAUGGAAGAAACGUCUGGAGACUAUCUGGGAUGAGACACCACUCUAUUUUGCUCCAAGCAGCUUGUUUGACCUAAAUUUCCAGGCAGGAUUCUUACUGAAAAAAGAGGUUCAAGAAGAGCAGAAAAAUAACAAAUUUGGCCUUUCUGUGGGCCAUCACCUGGGCAAGUCCAUUCCGGCGGACAGCCAGAUCAAAGCUAAAAAAUAAGAU